UCCAAUCCAGGCGACAAAUGGCGCUUAUUAUCGUUGUGGUUGGGGGUUCCCAGUUCAUAUGAUUCAUAAUUCAUAUUUGCAGACGGUCUCGUCCAAGGCGAUCGCACCCAUCCUUUUGGUAGCAUUAUAAGAUAGCAAAGGAAUCAACAACUGUUUUGGCGAUCUUAGAGAAGUUGAGCUUGAUUGAUCGCAACACUGGCGCGUGUGAUACAUGUAUGCAAUGUUUUACUACCUGGGAAUAGCAACUUCUAACCAAGACGUUAUCAUUUACAGACAAUAUAGAAAUGAUGAUAAGAUAGCAGACUUCAAAAGCUUCGUUGCAGCAGCGACGAAGAAAGCUUCCCACGGAGGAACGCCUUCAGUUGCAUUCGGAAAUGGUGUCUGCUACUUCAUCAGCAGGGAGAAGUUGCUCUAUUUGCUCUGCUCAGAUGAAGACAACGGAGAUAGUGGAAAUCAUGUUUCGACAGCCGUUGCCAUAGAAUUUCUUGAAGAGUUCUAUCACCUAAUAAAAGCAUUUUGCGGAACGGCAUCUGAAGAAGGCAUCAGGCUUAACCUUCUGCUAGUUGAAGAGAUAAUGGCAGAAAUUCUAAAUCAGGGCCACAUUGUGACAACAGAAUUGAGCAGCCUGCGUCCAUUGAUAUACAGCGAACCAAUCCAGCCGAAUCGCUCCGAGGGUAUCUUGUCAUCCUUGGGUCUGGUACCGCAGACUAUGGUAAUUAUUUGGUCCGAAUCCAAAGCAAGUGCUGCCUCGGUUCGACCAGUGUUUUCAACUCGACAGCCUCAAAGGGAAAAGCAGAAAGGCGAAGUUUAUGUGGACGUCGUGGAGCGCAUUUCUGCAACCGUCUUAAAAGAUGGAAGGGUCUCCAACUUUGAACUCUGCGGAUCGCUGAUGUUGAGGUGCUGCCUCGACAGCCACGUCGACAUAAUGUUGGGGCUGAACGAGAACCUUAUCCUCCGCGAUAAACCGCAGGCUGAAGCAUCCUACACGACAGACCUGGAGCUUGACAGCUACGUCCUGCAUCGUAGUGUUAAGUACCAAGACUCUGACUCACAACGAACUCUCAUGGUGAGAGCUCCUCAGGGAGAGGUUCCUUUGAUGAAGUACCUGAUUACGAGGGUUCCACAAAAUGGCCUUCCAUUUAUAGUGACGACGGAAAUAGCCAGCAUCUCAAACUCGAAGGACUUGAAUUUGACGGCAAGGCUACGUUGCGAAGGGAUCCCAGGGUCCGAGGCUGUCAACGUCGUGGUGCGCAUUGUCGUGCCGAGCCGUAUCACAGCGGUCAUGAAGAAAUUUGCUCAGCCAAACCAGACAGCGGAACUGAAGAACCAGAGGAUCGUCUGGAAGAUCCCGAAACUGACAGCCAAAUCAGAAACGGUGGCGAGGUUUCGUCUAGUUGAGGCCAACCACGGCGAGGGAAGCAAGGUUGGGAUUGGUCCGCUGGUGGUGGAGUUUGAGCUGUCCAAUCACUGCACGUCCGGCCUCCACAUCAGGUUUCUCAAGCUCAGUCCGAACCUCCCGAGUCACCGUUGGGUGCGUUACAUCACUACUUCGGCGUCCAUGGUUUUCCUUCUGAGCUAGGUACCGGGAGCUACAUGUACAAGGAGCUGAUGUACAUAAUUUAUUCGGACGCUUCUACCACUGCUUUUUGUCACUAAGUGACAUGCGGACAAAAAGGUUCUUGCGGAUCCAAUGGUCCAACCAGCCAGUGAGGAGCUGCUUCCGGUUGACGGUACGGUACAGUACAGUCUU